UUGAUGUUAAUCUUAAUGAUAACAAUGAUAUCUCAGAACCAAAUAUUACAACUAAGGAUUAUAGAAAGACAUGUAGGAAUUGUGGACACAAAGGCCAUAAUCGUGUAACUUGUAAAGAAAACAUUAAU